ACUUGUUCGUUCUUCAACCAGUUGAAAUAGAUGCGCAGGUGGAGUGAGACGUGUCGUUUCCAAAAACUUGAAAAUCACGUAUUUAAAUACGAAAGUAUACCGUAAUUUUUGUUGGAGGUAUACGAGUUGUAGUGUAUUAUUUUUACAUGUUCAAGGCUCGUCAGUUGCUGUAGUUCACACUGAAAGUGAAAAAACCGGGUAUAAAAGUUAUUUACGUAUGACUGAAUUUUAAAUAAAAAAAUCUUGUUUUGACGAAAGUGUUGAUGACCGUCAAGAUGUCUAGAGACAUUCAGUUGAGCUGUUUAUUAUUGGUUAUCAUGCUGAGUGCCACCGCAGGUGCACUCAAAGGCCACUGCAAUCGAGAAGAGGAUCUGCUCCAAAGGUGUUCCAUGGCUCUACCAGUCCUAAGUUCACCAGAAAUAUCGUUCGCACUCACACGAGAGGAAUUGGAUAAGAGUUGCGUUGAACUUCGAAUGGGAAUAAAAUGCAUAGACAACUACACAAACGUCUGCAUGGAGAAGCAUGAACAAGUUGUAUUCCGUCGUAUCUACGCUGGUAUUACAGAUGUGGUACAAGAAUUGUGUACUAGGGGCCCAUACCAGGACGAGUACUUAAAACAUGCUGAUUGUGUCAAAACCGUCCGUUCAGAUUAUGAAACGUGCAGCAAGAACUAUGAAGUGACGCUGAUGACGUUGGGUAGUCAUCAACAAGGAGAUCAGUAUCAGACAGAUCAAGCCGGACUUGUGACCAGUCACGAAGAUCAUCUAAGGACAGUUUGUUGUUCAUUCCAAGAAUACCUGAUGUGCUCGGAGCAGACGGUGCAGAGGUCCUGUGGUGACGAAGCAGCGUUGUUCACCAGCGCUUUCCUCAAACGAAUGGCGUCUAACAUUAUAAAGAACUUCUGCUUCGAAUACAACAGGCAAGAGUGCGGACUACCGGACAAGGGAUCACACAUCUCCCAUAGUGUUCUAUUACUCAGUGUUGCAAGCCUAACGCACUUAGCAUUUUAUGCAUCUGGCAAUUUAGUUCCAACGUAAGUUUUUUCAAAUGUGGAACAAUGCAAAAUUUGAAUUUAGUGCGCUGUGCGGUGUGCAAUUGCCAGUAACGUACAGACUGAUGCAAUGUGUAAUGAAGUGUAAGGAAUGAAUGCGGGUGAAUGUUGCAGUUCCUCGGUUAAAAACCUGAUAGAUACUAUUUAUUGUAGGCCUAGACUAUAAUCUCAUUGUGUUACGCCUUUUUCGUCGUCCAUUUGUAAAUUGUUUGUGUAGUAAAUUAUGAGCACUGAGUGUUUUUGUGUAAAUAAUACCUGCGUUGUUGCCAAAUAAUUGUAGUCAAUGAAAUGCGCAUGUCUAAACAUUAUUUUACAUUGUCUCCCCGACUAUGGUACCGUGUAAGUAAGGUUACUUCUUUGUACUUAUUUUACUAAUUAUCAACUUGCGUUUUUAGACUCUAACUGCCGUACUCAAAGACAUUUAAUGAUUACUUAAACUGUUCCUCAGUAACGAUUUAGUUCCGAAAACAAUUGCUAAGGACUGGGCUAAGUAACCAUUAAAUGACUCUGAGUACGGCGGUAAGGUUCCGUAGUCGGAUGGCAUCUUAUGUAAAAAAGUACCAUUAUGUUUAAUCUUAGUAAAUAUGUUGCUUAAAAAAAAAGAAUUUCAAUAAAAUUGCUCAAUCAAAAAACAAAGGCAUUCUCUUUUGAAAUUAUCACAUUGAAUCGAUAAUUCAAUAACUUAAAUGAAAUUAUUAAAUGUUAAUUUGUUAUAUUGAAUAAUGAAUAAUAUGAUUAUUGUAUUUUACUGUGUAUACUUUAGGUAAUACUUACGUAAUGUAUAAAUAUAGUUUAGGUAUAUUUUAUAAGGAUGUCAGUCUUUAUAUUAAGCUCAGAACAUCCUGUGAUAGAGUUGUAAGUAGUUGCAUUAAAGUGCAUUGUGUCAACUUAAUAUAGCUUCAAAAUAUAAAUUUUGAAUUUAAGCCGAUUUUCACCGUCGGGUAAAAAGUACAGUCAAUGACAAAAGUGACUAACGAGUUAAAGUAUGACGUAUCUAUAAUUCUCGGCAUGAACGAUGGCUUUUUGACGUGGUUUGGCGUAUAUUUUGCCCAUUGUGUAUUUUCUCAGUAUUUCUCGUUAUUUUAUACUUAUUGCUAUUUCAUUUUAAUCAUGUAUAGGUACUUAGUAGAAAGUUAACACAAGAAUAAGAGGAGAUAAUUAUGUUUUCAUAAAGAUUUAAUGGGAAAAAACGCAAUGGGUCAACUUACGCCGUUCACGUUAAAAUCUGUGCAUCUUUUGUGCUUAGAAUUAUAUCAAACUAGACCUAGUGAGUGACUGAAUAGGUAACUAAUGAAUAAUAAAUUAAUUACAAAAUAGAAGAACCAUUUCGUUUUUCACUUUUGUCGUUGACUGUACUAAGUAAAUGUUUAAAAUUCGUGUUUUUAAUUAUUGUGUCGAAUUAUUGUACUGUUAUUAUUUUUGUAGUGUCAUUAUUGUUUUAUGAUUAUUAUUGAUAAUGAUAAUUUAGUCAUUCCUCGUAAAAUUUAAUAAGCUUUUUUAUUGAGUGGAAAGGAUAGAUGAAAAUAUCUUUGUAUGUAGCCACCUGUAUCCCAUUAGGGUAAGUCCAUUGCAAAUAGACUUGCCCUUUUACUGAUUCUGGGAAAACUUUUCCUGUCUUUCAUGGUCGCUUAGGCUUUUUACCGCCUUAUCCAUACGUACACAUCUCUUUUCUUUCUCAAGAUAUAUUUACUUUCGUCUAUCUUUCUGGAUGAUGAAAGUAUAGCAAAAUAAUAGUAUCAUUUUUUUUUUGUUUUAAACGAUUCCCUACGCUAGGAUUUUUUCUGUGUAGUGGAAAUAUUUACAAACAUACAAAUUUACAUACACAUGACACCCAGAUAAGAAAUAACAAACGUGGAUCAUACAAAGUUGCACGGCAGACAGUUUUCAAGCCACUGCGCCAACGGCCAAAUACAGUAAAAAUAUUUAUUAAUAUUCAAAGUAAAGUUAAUAUCAGCCUGUGAUCAUUUCACAGAUACACCAAUAAAUGGAGUACUAACCCAAGCAAAAACUUGUCAAAAAUCCCACGCAAUACGUAUGACGUAAGACUGACGUCAUAUUCGCCUGUUGUUCACUGGUUGACGUGCUUCGUUUCUUAUGUCAAUGUGUUAAAGUUGAGAGUUGGGUGACCUGUGACAGACUUGACAAUUGACAUCUGAGAUGAUGACGUUUGUGUCGAAGGCGUCAAUUUGUAAUGACGUUUGUGUUGCAAGGCUGUUACAAUGUUUCCGCAAUUGUGGGUAUUCUCGUAUUGUCCUUAGAAUUAAUAAAUAGCACGCUUCUGUUAAUAUUAAGUGAGCAAAUGUGUAAAUACGUUUCAUCUAAACUGACCACGAUAUUGAAAAUUGUUUCGGAUUUUUUUUUUAAAUAAAUGUUUUUAACGCUUAUCAAUGAUAUUUUAACAAUGCACUAUAAAUAUAGUAGUAGGUAUUGCAUUAAUUAAUAUAAUAUUUGUUAUACAUUAAAUUGUUGCGAGGUUUCGGUUGUAAGAAAGAUGAUUAUUAUUUAUUUAUGUUGUAAAAUAUAUACUUACCAUUUCUAGAAAAUAUUUGUAUGUAGUGACUUAUUAUCUCCAAUUUCUAAUCUAUGACAGGUAUACCGAAAUAGAAAUAUUAAUAAAUAUAUCUACAUAUCAUUACCUCUAUGAUUUUUUUGUAGAAAAUGUCAUAAAAUAGGAAAUAUCUUUAUAAAUAAGCAGAAACAAAUGUGGGAUUACAUGUUCGUGUAUUAUUUCACGUGACCAUUUCCCAUAGUCGUAACAAAAAAUCGUGGAAAAGAGUAAUUUGGAGAGUCAUUGUCAUACAGCCACAAACUACAAACUACUUUUUUCCACACGCAUGCAGGUAAAUGGUCUCCCGAAAUGUCACAAUAUGGGCAUGUCUCAAAUUAAGUAUCCAUUUGUUAUAUACUCCGUGACAUUGCAAGUCGAAGGAAAAUAUGAUUGCGUGUAUUGUGUAGAUACAUUAUUUUAUUUCACUAAAAUAUCCUGAGUUAUAUUAUAGAAUUUUUGUAUUGUUAUCUUUGUUAAAUGUCUGUGCCUUUCUAUCAUUUUAAAUUAAGACGAAUUUUUCAUUUUAAAUAAGGACGCAUGCUUUUUCGACUUGCACUGUACUGGGAUAUAAAAUCUAUGGAAACGAAUUUAAUCUGUCGAGAAUAACUGUUAAUGAUUUAUGAAUAUGUUACUACAUAGUGUAUUUGUAUCCAAUUACGAUGCAGUGGAUGUAAAAGACAUAGUCUUUUAGAGAUUAUUCAUCUAAAAUGAAAAUAAAUGAGUUGAGAGUUGGA